AUGCAGACGUGAGGACGGCGGGGGCGGCAGCGGGGACGACUCCCGCCAGACGGUCGAACGCUCGGCAGGGCGGCGGCUCCCCCACCUCCCUGGUCUCUGACUGCGACCCCUGGACCUGCCGCCCCUCAGGAACCCCACACCCCGUUGGGCUGCAGGGUCCUCGCUCGGGGGCAGCUUAGUUGGAGGUGGUGAUGUCACAGCUGCAGCGGCCGGGGCCGUGCUACGAGUUCCAGGGAGCUCUGUCCUGGUGACUGUGCCCAGGUUAUGACGACUAAUCCCAAACCGAACAAGACAUUAAAGGUCAAGAAGGAGGCGGGCGAGAACGCUCCAGUGCUCAGCGACGAUGAGCUGGUGUCCAUGUCGGUGCGGGAGCUGAACCAGCACCUGCGGGGUCUCACCAAGGAGGAGGUCACCCGCCUGAAGCAGCGUCGGCGCACGCUCAAGAACCGCGGCUACGCGGCCAGCUGCCGCAUCAAGCGGGUGACGCAGAAGGAGGAGCUGGAGCGGCAGCGCGUGGAGCUGCAGCAGGAGGUGGAGAAGCUGGCGCGUGAGAACAGCAGCAUGCGGCUGGAGCUGGACGCCCUGCGCUCCAAGUACGAGGCGCUGCAGACCUUCGCGCGCACCGUGGCCCGGGGACCCGUGGCGCCCUCCAAGGUGGCCACCACCAGCGUCAUCACCAUCGUCAAGUCCGCUGAGCUCUCCUCCACCUCCGUGCCCUUCUCGGCCGCAUCCUAGUGCCGGCUGGGGGUGGGGAGCGGCAGGCGGGCGGGGGUGCGCCCCUCGUACCUGUCACUGGGACACAGACUCUCGACAUCCGAGUCCAGGCGCAGGCCCCUCAGGCGCGGGCAACUCACACCAGGAUGAGACUGUGGUGCAGGGUGAAGAGUGGGCUCCCGUGGGCCCAGAGCUGCGUGCCGGUCCACACACACGCCCGCCCCCUGCUCCCCACAGGAUGCGUCUGUGUGUGGGAAUUGGCAUCUCGCACCCGUGGGAGUCGGGACGUAUAAGGGAAAGGCCCUCGGGAAGUUCCGCCGCCCCCGCGGGGGCUGCCAGAAGACACGGCCCCAGGAGUCAGGCCCCUGUGGUCAGGUCAGCGUGGGGCUUGUUUUCCACUGCAGCUGGGAGCAGCCUUCGACACCUGCCCUGCUGUGGCCUCCCAGCUGGUGCGGGAGCCCCUGGCUGCCCUGACCGACUCCGCAGACCCUGGGAGGAGCAUGGAUGGUGCGUUGGCAGCUCCGUCCUUCCAGCUGUCCUGUUGCAGUUGCCCGUGACCCGUGUCUGCCUUAGCAGGGGCCUGCGCAAGUGGGCGUGGUGUGGGAGGCCGCCUGCGUGGGGUGGUGUCUGUGUGUCUGCACGUGUGUGUGUGCAGGCCCGUCUGCCAUCACAGCACCAGGGCUGAGGGGGCAGGUGUUCACCGGAGGAGGGCCUGUGGGCACGUGUGGCAGAGAGAGUGGCUCAUACGUCGUGAGGUCUCCCGUGUGCUCUGGUGACCCGAGGAGGUCGUGCAGCACAGCACAGAAGCCCCACCCACGGGAGCUGGCCCCCCAGACACCCACCCCGCAGGCCAUCCUGGACCUCAGCGGACACGGACAGGAGCGUCCCAUCAUUUGAUGGUGAGCAGGACUCAGGCUCUGUGUCCUGGAGCUGCUUCUCACCAGCUGUGGUCAGUGCAGGGGGAACGAGGAGGUCUUUUGGGGGCCUAGAGGGGAAGGGCCGCUGCAGUCUAGGGAGAGGGGGUGCAGCCUGGGGGACGUUGGUAGAUGUGGACGUGGAGGUGGGAAGGAGAGGACGUUGCAUUGGGUGGUGGGAGGAGGCGGGAGCUGUGUGCGAGAGCUGGUGGAAAGGCUUGAGGGGCAGGACCAGGAUGCGGCUGGCUUAUACAAGAGCUCAGGAGUGAGGCUGGCACUCUGGAGGGCGUGGUGGGCGGGGAGGCGGCAGGCACCAGGCCAGGAGAGCCUUGUGGAUGUGGCUCCCACGUGCACACCCCCAGGAGCACAGCCACGGGCUGCAGGUGUGGCCUUGGCACUCAGUCCUCGCCCGGAGCCUUCGCCUGUUCCUCCUUCCCUGAGCACCGAGGCACUGGUGGGCUUGGCACUCCACCUUGGGCUUCCUUUUCCUGGAGUGCCACCUUGAGGGUCCCUGCUGUGACUGGGGUAUCUGCAGCGGGGGUCGUAGAGCCCCUGCCUGGGGGAGCUGGCGGAAUGUGAGCCACUGGCCGGGGGCCGCCACCUAGGACAUGCAAGGUGGUGCCUCGGCUCCCUCUCGGCUGCCCCUGCCCAUCCAGUAACACCCCCACCGGCUACAGAGCCCAGGCUGGUGCCAGCCACGCUGGGGGGGCGGAGGACAGACAGCCCCGGGGCGGCGACUUGGUUCUGUGUCUACUGUUAGAAGUGAGUGGGAAGCUGCAGGCCCGCCAGGACCACUGGGUCCCUGUGGAGCAAAGGCCUGCGAGUUCCCAAAUAGCCGUUGCCCCCGUGGCCAUGGUAGGUAAUCCAUAUUGGAUGUCAUAAGGACCAGGGGGAUAUUUAAAGAGAGAAACAGAAACUAUAUAGAGAUAUAAAAUUAUAUUCACAGUUUAUCUACAGAUUUUUCGUAACAAUCUUUCUUUUCCAGUUUGAUACUGUAAAUCUAUCAGAGCAGAGCUUGGGGGCACGGGCACAGGUGGGAGUUGGGAGCAAACCGGAGGCCCGGGCUGCCCACCGUCCCCCUCACCACGGACUGCACCAGGCUGUUGGGCCCCCACAGGACAGGCUGCAGCGGGUGGCCGGUUCUGUCCCAUCUUGGGGUUCUUGGUGUCCACGUCUUGUGGGCCGUGGGCGACCACCUGCCCUCGGCCUGUGGUGCUUUGCCGGAGAGGGGACUCCUCGGCCCCCAGGGUGGACGGAGCCGCUGUCACCGCCCAGAGCCGGGCCGGGGAAGCACGGCGCGUUCUGCUUUUCUUUUCAGAUCGUUGAAAUUUCAUUGUCAUGAUUUAAUAUAUGGAUUUUUUUAUUUAAGAAAAAGACGAAGGCCUCUUUGCCGCGUGGGUUUGUUUUCUGUCUCUGUGCCUCCGGCUUCCCAAAGAGAUCCAGGUCUUUGCGUUUCCAGGGUGUGGGGACCCCUGCCCCCCACGCCCCCACACCGCCUCACCCUGGCCUCUGUACUACUUGGCAGUUCCAUUUCAAUAUUUAUUUUUGUGCUGCUUUUUAUCAUGAUAUAAAUUAUUGAGAACAGAUCACAUGUGGGCCCGUGUCUGGCCGCCGCCGCCCUGCCCCGUCCCUGCGACCACCACCUAAUUUAUUGCCGUGCGUCCUGCUGCUGUGACCGCUUUUGUACCUUUGCAAUAAAGAAUUUUCUGGUUUCAGA